AUGCUUAAUCAUCACUAAUUGAACAUACAAUGCCCAUUCUGUCUUCAAGAUUAUCAAUUCUCAUCAAUAAAUGAUGCGAAAAUUAAGAUCGCUAAGAACUAUACACUUCUCAGUAUCCUUGAUCAAGAUAGUGGCUUGGGAAAUCUUUAUGGCAAUUAAAGUAGAGCAAAUCAAAGUGAAAGAGUCCCCAACUAUCUUCAAAAUAACUCAAGAUUUGAAGAACUAAGCAAAUAGCAGUCACAUCAGCAAUUUUCACCCUAUAAUGAUGAAUAAGUUUAUCAGAAUAAUGAGAAUAAUAAUAUCAACUAUAAUUCCAACAAUUCUGAGAAUGCAAAGGUAUUCAUUCAUGUUAAAGACUCUAAAAAGGUAUGUCCGUAGCAUAACCAAGCUCGCAUUUAUUAUGAGUUCGAUCACAAUAAGAAGUUGAGAUUAUACUGCAAUAAAUGUGACGUUGCAGCAUAGAAAAAGAGUAAUUUGAAAAUCUUGCCUUAAGUUAUUCAUGAAUUCAGCUCUAAUUUGAGAAAAUUCUACUCUCACUCACUCAAGUGUGACACUAUUACAAAAAAGGUGAUUGAAAACAUUCCAGAAUACAUUGAACAGGGUAAAGCAAGACUUAAAAAGCAAUUAAACAGUCAUUUGAAAAAUAUUAAAAAAGCAUUAAAAAUUUACAAGGAAAUGCUGGAAAACAAGCUAGAGGAAGUCUGGACUUAGGCAAUUGACAAAAAACUAGAUGUGAUUGAAAGAAUAAGUGACUCAAAAACAAUAAUAAAUAAUUAACUGGAAAUAUUGAAAGAAAGGGAAAUCUAGUUAGAUGGAGGUGCUAUUAGAUUUUAGGAUUUUGAGUUGUUCGAUGAUCUCUAAGAAUGGGUCAACAAUAUCCAGGGCUUUAAACUGCAUCCUGAACUAUUAUCUACAUUCUUUUUGGAGUUAAAAGACCAACAAGUACUAGAAAAUAGCAUUUCACGAAUCCUAUUAGAUGAAAAUAGCAUUGAAUUUCAAUAGAAAGACUUAAGUAACUUCAACUCCAAGAAAAUUAUAAACAACCUGAAUGCAAGUAGGGAGGAAAAAGAAGAAUCCAUCGACUUAAGGAUAGAUAAUAUCGACUACAUAAAUGGAGAGAUUGAGACUGAAAUAAAAUGGACCUGCAUUAAAUGCUCCUCUGUUAAUAGCUAAGAAUAAUUCAAAGUACUUUUAUGUCAGGAUUGCAAAUAACUUAGAGAUUUCUACACAAACUAAUUAGGAGAUAUUCUUAUUGAAAAGAGUGAAGCUCUUUCUAAUGCAAUUGAUUUUAUGAAGUUUUAUUAACGGGAAAUGUUUGAUGAAUUAGGUUAGCUUAAAAGCGACUAGGACAUUAUGAUAUGUAAGUCCUGGAUGAACAAGUGGCAAGUUUUUGUAAGCUCUGAUGAAUAAGUCCCUCCUAGUUAUAUUGAUAACUUACCUUUAUUAAACUCUAAUUAAGAGCCUUAACAGUAAAACGAGAAAAAUAAGAAUUCAGUUAAGAAAUCUCUUUCAGAAAUUAUUAAUCACUAUUAAUGGGAUUUUCUUAAUCUUCUUUAUGGAGGUGGGCCUAUAAUUCCUACAUAGGAUUGUAUAUAAAAACUUUAAUCAAAUUUAUUCUAAGAUUCAGAUAAUUAUAGCAAUGAUAAGGAUUGGAUUGAUUAUUAGAAUACCCAGAUAAAUGUUAAUGAGGAUGAAUUCGAAGAAUAAAAACAUUAAUUUGAAGAUGAUGAGGAUCAGGAAUUUUAUAUCAAAUCUCAUCUUUUAAACGAAAGUAGCAGCAGAAAUAACCUCAAUAAUCGUUCAGUCUUAAGUUCGUAGCCAGAUCUUUACACUGAUAUGGACUUUACAGCAAGGCCUUUGGUAGUUCCAGAAAUUAAAGUAAAAAAUAAUGAGAAUAAUGCUAAACAAGGAAAUAUAAAUACUGGGAUUUCGGUCUAGAGGAAUAUGCAAAUUAAAAAGAUAGAUUAGACCAUCAAACAACUUUUUGGUGUUAAUAGAUAAGCCUCCUAAUAUGUUAACAAUUAAAGCGCUAGCAAACAAUAUAUUAAUAAUAGAGACAGAAGUGCAGAUAUCAUUCAAAGUCACUAUGAUAUUAUGAAGAACUAAUCUGUAUUAUAAAGCUAAAGUCAGUCUUAAUUUCCAAAUAACUUUCAAAAGCCUAUUAUUUUGCAAGAUCCUUAGACUCAUUACAUUAAGAAAUAGUCUGACAGUCGCAGUAGAAGAAAUCUAUUUGAGUAGAAAUUAUCCAAAAGAGCAAGUAAUGCUCAUCAUUUGAACUAUAAUGAUCGUAAUGAUCAUGACCAAUAAACCAAUUCAAAGUCUUCUUACAACAUACCAAUAGUAAUUCAUAGAAAUGAGAAAAAUGAAGCUAGUUUAAAUGAUAGACAUCAAUAAUUAACCUAAAGCUAAUUGAAACCAAAGUAAUAGCAGCAAAGCUUAUUUUAGAGUUUUUAAGAAACUAACAAGUAGCAUCAAAAUGUUUUGCUUAGAUCAAAUACUUCAUUAUAGCAAUCAAGUUUCUAGUUAUUCCUGAACAACAUAAGCAAUAUAGGAGAUAUAUUUCAUAAAGGGGCGAACUAAUAAUGA